AUGUUCCAGCGCUCCUCUACGGGACCGAACAUCGCUGAUGUUGGCCUGUCAUCCGUAAAGCGCGCCUCCGUCGCGGGGUACAAUCCCGGCACCACAGCGUCGCUCAAGCCGUAUCACACACCCGGUCCGUCCGCCGAUAACGACCGCCGUAGUAGCGUUUACCGAGCUCGCCCCUCGACGACUGCCGGCCCCAUGAGCGGACACCAAAGCUUCUUCCAGCAAGCGCCCCAGGCCGCUGGCGUACCACGAGACCCCCGCCCACUAAAGGAUAGGUCAUAUCAGAAUCGUCUUGGACAGGAGUUGCUGGAGUAUCUCGCUCAACACAACUUUGAGAUGGAGAUGAGCCACAAACUGUCGGACAACUUCAUCAAGUCGCCGACACAAAAGGACUUCAACUACAUGUUCCAAUGGCUCUAUCACCGCAUCGACCCAAGUUAUCGCUUCCAGAAAAACAUUGACCAGGAGGUACCACCGCUCCUCAAACAACUUCGGUACCCCUACGAGAGGAGCAUCACCAAGAGCCAGAUUGCUGCGGUGGGAGGUCAAAACUGGAGCACAUUCUUGGGGUUGCUACACUGGAUGAUGCAGCUGGCUCAGAUGCUGGAGCGGUAUUCUGUUCACCAGUACGACGAGGCGUGCAUUGAGGCCGGAGUUGACGUUGCGGGUGAUAACAUCAUCUUUGACUUUUUGACAAACGCGUACCAGGAUUGGCUCAAUAUGGACGACGAGGCUGGUGACGAUGACGUUGAGAAGGCCCUGGUACCGCACGUGCAGGGAAUGGCGAGGGCGUUUGAGAGGUCCAACGCAAAGUACAUCCAAGAGAUGGAGAUGCUCGAGGGGGAGCACAACAGGCUACGCAAGGAGAUCGAGGAGCUUGAGAAAUCCACACCCGACCCGGCCGUGCUCGACAACCAUUUUAAGAUCAUGGAAGAGGACAAGGCCAAGUUCGAGGAGUACAACACCUUGGCUAUGCAGCGGUCAGAAAAAUACGAGGGCCGCAUCCAAGUGCUACAGGAAGAGCUCGACAAACUACAGGGCGAGCUGAAAGAGGCCGAGGAUGAACGGCGACACCUAAAGGACGCCGUAGACGACCAAGGAAUCAGCAUGCAGGAUAUUGACCGCAUGACUGCCGAACGGGAGCGUUUACAAAGGAGCAUCGAGUCGGCGGGGCAGCGGUUAGAGGACGUCAAGCGCAAGGUAGCAGAGCGGGAGAUGGAGGCCAGCCAAAGGCUGGACGAGCUGGAGCGCAUGGUGGACCGGUACAACACGGUCGCGUACCAGAUUGGCCUGAUGCCCUCCACGGCCGUCAACGCCAAGGGCAGGGACUUCGAGCUGCAAGUCACGGUCAACGAAGGCCCAAACUUCACCUCGUCCCAGCUGCAGGGCUCGUACGGCCCCGGCGACAGCGACCGGCUCCUCGCGGACCCGGUCACGGGCUACCAACCGGCGCACGUGCUCAACCUGGACCUCCGGGGGCAGGUUAAGAACAGCUUCCUGGGGCUCCGCAAGGAGGUGUCGGAGCGGCGCAAGGCGGCGCUCGACGCCAUGAUGGAGGACCACGACCUGCUGGACCGCGCCAAGGAGGCCAUCGAGGACAAGCGCAACGAGGUCGAGGCCCUCGAGCACCGCGUGCGCGCCGCCGAGGAGGAGUACGAGAAGACCAAGGAGGUCACCACCGCCCAGAAGCUCGCUUCCGACGCCCAGAUCGAGAAGAUGGAGAAGGAGCUCGCCAAGAUGCGCGCUCAGUUGUCAGAGUCGGUGCAGCUGAUGGAACAGCGCGAGAUGAAUACUAAUAUUGAGUAUGAACAACUGACCCUCCGGGCGAAUGCGCUGCGCGAAGAGCUACACACAGAGACGAUGCGCAUGCUCAACGACGUCAUCAAGUUCAAGAUGCACGUCCAGAAGGGCUUGGAGGAGUACGAGACGUUUGUGGCCGAUGAGUUGGAGAAGGAGCUCGGCAGCGACGAGAUGAGAGAUGAUACCCAAGACAUUGAUAUGUAA